AUGAUGAACACAGAGCCUCUGAUCCGCGUCACUGUCAUGGUGAAGCGAAGGAAGGGCAUGACGGAGGAGGAGUUCGACAAGUAUUGGGUUAACAACCACGGUCCUUUAGCCGCACCAUGGCUGAUGCGCCGCGGUAUCCUAAGAUAUGUCCAGUACCACACUACCUCCAAGCAUCGAAACCUAGCAAGGAAGAUGUCCGAAGCCUUUGGCCGUCCCAUCUUGGACUACGACGGGUCUGCUGACUUUUAUGUGCGUAAAUACGAGGAUUUCGAGGCGGCCUUCUUGGAUCCGGAGUACAAGGAGAGGAUCCGCCCGGACGAAGAAAAGUUGAUUGAUAUGGACGCCAUCGCCGUGACUGUGGGCGUUGAGUAUGUGGCAAUCGACGAUGGCAAGAUCAUGGAGCACCAUCUUAGAGAAUUCUAG